UAUUUUUCUUGCCCAUUUAUGAAUUUUUGGCAUUUAAAUAUUUGAUUCAAUCGAAAUGUCUUCAUUGAAAUUGUUGUGCCAACGAUCAUCUAUUUUCCAUAAUCAAAUCAUUGUGCCGUUGAUUUUUAAUCAAGAUAAACGGUUGAUUAGUGUUCAGGAAUGGCGAAAAAAAUAUAAUCGACCGAAAAAUCGUUUGGAUUUCAUGCCCGAAUGGAGCUAUUUAGAUGGGCGAGGAUAUGGGCCACCAUCCGCGGUUCAAAAGAAACGUUAUAUUCGUGAUCAGGUUCUUGGACAAACAGUGGUUGAAAGAUUGAUAGAACUUCAAGAAGCAAAAAAGUUUUGAAAAUUACAAUUUUUAUCCUUCAUUUAUAAUUUUGUUAUUAACAAAUUGUUACUUUUUAAACAUUUUUUGGUGCGUCAAUAUAUAUUCUUAAGACGCUCCAUAUUGCUGUAGAAAUGUUGUUGAAACUUAAAAAAUAUCAUAAUAAAAAAAAUCAUUUUUCACGA